AUGUCCUUCUCUGUCAAGAGCACUAUGAGCGUCCCGUGUGCUAUGUUAGCCCUAUUCCUCGCUCUCUUCGUACCAUGCGUAAUAGCUUCCUCCGGUAUGGGCUACGUUGCUAUUGACUUCGCCAAGGCCAAAGGCAUCUCUUACCAGGACGCGCGUGUGGGUGCGCGUCCAGCAAAAUUGCAGAAACGGGCACUGUCCCAGGGUGAGACUUUGAACUCUGAACUUGUCAACAACAAUGUGUUUUACUCGGUGGGACUUGACAUAGGUACCCCGCCUCAGCAGGUCACCGUCUUAUUUGACACCGGUUCUUCCGACUUGUGGGUCUCUUCAAAUGACAACCCGUACUGUUCAAAUGGAGAUUCCACGGAAAGUUACGCAAACUAUCGUGCAGACCUUAAAUCUUCUUCAGCGCUCACAGCUGCCCCUACCACAACCAUUAGUGGAAUUACUAUUGCGCCCACAAUUGAUUGUGCUCAAUAUGGCACCUUUAACGCCGACAGAUCUACUAGCCUUUUUGCCAAUUACUCCAAACCAUUUUUUGUUUCUUAUAAUGACGAUUCUUACGCACUUGGCUACUGGGCUAGGGAUAAGCUUGUGGUUGAUGGUGAUGAUAUUUCAAGCCUAGAGUUUGCGGUUGCAGAAAUAUCCAAUUCAACUGUGGGCGUCUUGGGGGUGGGACUUCAAGGCUUAGAGUCAACUGUCCACUACCGAAGCCCCAAUAUCUCCUCAAUUUACCCAAACUUCCCGAUGGUCUUGAAGGAAAACGGCGCGAUAGACAAGAUUGCGUACUCGCUUUAUCUGAACUCCCUCGAUGCUCCUUCAGGAUCAGUCCUCUUUGGGGGCGUUGAUCAUAGUAAAUAUACAGGAGGCUUAUACACGCUGCCUCUGGUCAACACCUAUAAAGAUUACGGCGUCAAAACGCCAGUGCAAUUUGAUGUCACAGUCCAAGGGAUUGGUAUUGAAAGCGAAAAGGCCUGUCGCCAAGAAACAUUCACUACAACAAAGAUUGCAGCAUUGAUGGACUCGGGAACAACCCUCAUGUAUACUGCCCCCGAAAUUGUUAACAAAAUAGCGCUUUAUGUGAACGCUAGUUUCUCACCAGGAUACGGACUCUUCAUGUUUCGUUGUCCUUCAGAUGGCGACGAUACACAAUUUAUCUUUGAUUUCGGCGGAUUUCAAAUAAAAAGCCCCUUAAGCAACUACAUUCUAAGAACUGACGAUGAAAAUAUUUGCGGAUUGGGCUUAAUUUCCAGUAACCAGGGUACUAUUUUCGGUGACGAGUUCCUGGCUUCCGCAUAUGUUGUCUAUGACUUAGAAAACUUAGAACUGUCCCUAGCACAGGCUAACUGGAAUCCAGGGUCACCAGAAAUUGAGAAAAUAGUAUCUGAAAUUCCACGGGCUCAAAGGGCGUCACAGUACUGGAACACUUGGGUUUCUGACGAGGAGAAUAUGGCCCAGGUCACUCGCGAUAUAUUCACUAAAACUUUAGCUUGCUCCCCAACUAACGUGAACAGUACAAUGCCCGCCACAAACUCAAGUUCUUUCAAGACUUUGAACAAUAGCACAACAUCGACACUGACUUCUCACUCUGAUUCAUCACACACUCUGGGCCAAAAUAGUUUUAGAACUUCAGUAAAGCCUCAUGUGUCAAGCACUCGUAAUGGGAGCAUAAUUUCAAGCACAAAUUUUGCGACUAAGGCUCCUUCAAGAACCGAGCAAGCAACAUACCUCUUCAGUUCAACCUCAAGUGUGAAAGCAAGUCACUUGAAUCACAAAUCUCAUAAAUUGGCCGAAGCUUCCACCAAAACUCCAUCUUGCAAAACAGAUAAGCAAACUAUUAUCUCCAAAGCAAGGUGUGAAUCAACCAUUGGGCCCGUGACAAGAACCGCAUGCCGCUCUUGUAGUAGAGCGUCUAAACAUCUUACUCGCCCCAGUAUUUAUACAACAGUCACCGCGACUGGUACCAGGCUCAUCACAGAGGUCGCGACAUGUCACUUAUGCGAAACUGAGGCUUCUCGGGCUGAAAAUGGCAAGUCUGUGCGGGAAAUCACUGCAGAAUGCUCGUCUAAAAACUUGAAAAAUGCCAAUGCCAAAAAUAAAGAAGCCAACACUGAAGUCUGGCUGACAAACUCAACUCAAAUACCUAUUGUGACUGUUUCUGGUCCCCUUCAGUCCAUCAGCGUCUCUUCAAGUACCUCUUUCGAAGUUCAGUUAGUAGCGGGCUCGCCAAAUCUAGCGACUCCAAAAUUGAGUCUGGGCGCUUUCCUCUUCGCGAUUCUGGUAGGAGGGGCGCUCUCUUUUUGA